UCACCUGCUCACCGAGAGGUCGUGUCUGUCAGUCUUGCAUGCACUGCCGCAACAUGCCUAAUUGGGGAAUUAGUCCCCGGGGAGACGAGUACCUGACUAGGUCGGGGAGUAAUUAGCACGCGUUUUCAAGCCCAAGCCUGGCAAAGAGCGUCACUAACAGGCCUUCCACUGCCAAGUGGGCCAUGGCAAAGUGAGUAGGCGGCCCACUCUGCUGCGCCAACCCAGGCCCUUACUCCGCGUCCAGAUGUCACAGCCAGUGAGACGUGGAUGACACCUGGGGAUGCUGGAGUAUCCGAGAAACGCGACGACAAGAGAUCCAUUCGACCGUCGCACCUUUACACCACCACCUUUAGCCAUGUGUGGAUCAAUCUCUCCAUGGUCAGCGGAAUUGACCAGUUGGGAGAAGUCGCCGGGCAACAAUACCGGAAGUGGCGGAAGUGGGGGGCUGUGAGGGUAUCACGAUUGCGGAAGCUUGGGGAAGCAUAGCGAGCAGGUUUGGUGUUUGUAAAGUCAACGACUUGGGACGAGAAACAUUUAUUAAAGC